AUGCCGUCAUUAAUUCCAAAGUUUGUAUAUAAACUCUCGCCCUUUAAGAAAAACGUCAAAGGAACAGACCAAAUAACGGGAGAGCGCAAUGGAUAUGGGGCUCCCCAGUCGACAUCGCUGGCUGAUGAUGACCUCACAAUCAGACCAUCGCCACUCUCAGAAAAUGACAUCUUGAACUUUAUCAACCAAGGAGAGAAACAUCAACUCAUCCCAACCAUAAUCGACUACAAUGCCAGCCAUAAUCCUCAAAAGGCCUUUGCAUCAAUUCCAGUGGACAACAACGACCUUAGUCAAGGAUUUCGAGAUAUAACCUACUUUGAACUUCGCAAAGCCGUCGACAAAGCUGCGUAUUGGCUUGAAGAAACGUUAAGAACAUACGAUGAAAUCAAGUCUAACUUGGAAGACCAACAGCAGGAAGAGGCUUUAAAAUCAAGCUUUCCAACAUUUGCCUUUUAUGGCACACGCGAUUUGAGGUAUUCUAUAUUUGCUGUGGCAGCAAUAAAAGUUGGUAAAAAAAUGCUGUCGCCGUCACUUUUCGCCUCAAUGGACGCGCAUGUUCAUCUCAUCAAGGAAACUGACUGCCAUAACAUCAUCUGCAUUCCCACCACGCGUUCACUGGCUGAGGGAAUCACCACAAACCUUCAUCAAUCAGAGUCAUCAACUUACAGCAUCUCAACCACAAUCGCUCCCGAAGUGGCUGACUUGCUCCCUUUAGGAAAGGAAGCAGCUGAUGACGAUUCGAGCAGCCAUUAUCCUUAUAACAAAACAUGGGACGAAGCAUGUAACGACCCUUGCCUUAUCGUCCACACGAGCGGCUCGACUGGCAUGCCCAAAGUUAUAUAUUACACACAACGCAUGCUUGCAAACCCAGCUACUCAAAGUCUCUUACCGUCAGUCGAAGGUCGACUACCCUUGCUACGAGAAUGGCAAGGUUGCCGACUUCUAACCACCGUGCCUCCAUUUCAUUUACUGGGCUACGCUGGCUUUCUCGUCUGCCCCAUCUAUAUCAAUGCAGUGGGAGUGAUGGGACCCCCCGAUAGACCGUUCGACGCCGCGUUGGCGGAUGAAAUACAUCAAUAUGCACGCUUUGAUGCUGGGAUGUACCAUCCGUCCUUGCUACAGGAUCUCGUUCGAGACGAAGACAAACGACAACAGUUGAGCAAGUUGAAGCUCAUAUGUUAUGCCGGUUCGCCUCUUGAAACAAAGACCGGUCAAUGGCUUGCUUCUGAGUUUGGCACAGUGCGAAACAUGCUCGGGAGUACGGAGAGCUUUGGAUGGCCCAUAGCUCAGGUGUUCGAUGUGAAGAAUGACUGGAAUUAUAUACAUUUCUAUCCCGUCAAUGGUAUAGAGUUCAAACCUGUUGGGCUGGCAAGCGCCAAUCACGUUGAAUCAAAGAUAGAUGAUGGCGUAGUACAAGAGGAGGAGCUAUACGAACUGGUCGUUCAUCGCACUGUGGAAACAGACGCACUGACUAACAUCUUUCGCUCUCGACCGCAAGCUACCGUAUGGCCCACCAAAGACCUCUGGAAGCCUCACCCAGAUCCCGCCAAAAAGAAUCACUGGCUUUACCAAGGACGUAGCGACGACCUCAUCGUGCUCAGUGGAGAAAUCAAGAUGUACGCCGCUCAUCUAGAGGACAAGAUCGCAUCGGCACAUCCCCUGAUACGCACCGCACUUGUUGGUGGGCAUCAACGAAAAUGGCCUUUCCUGUUACUUGAGCUAGCCGAUUAUACAACUACUAUAGAUGAUGUGUGGCCACGUGUGAAUGAGAUAAACCUCCACUAUACACAUAGUUCGGUCCGUUUGAACAGAUCCCUAGUUCUUGUGACAGAACCAUCUCGGCCUUUCGUGCGAGUAGCCAAGGGUUCAGUAGCUCGGAAUCAGACACUUGAAUUGUAUAGAAAGGAUGUUGAUAGCUUGUAUGCAGCUAUGGAGCAGUGA